UCAAAGAUCUCAUCAUUACAUUCACUGAAAAAAUUCCAAUUGCAUUUUGUAUUUUUUGAUGAAGUUUUGAUUUCUUGAUGAUAUUGUUAGUUCAAAAAAUAAACGGAAUAUGCACAUUGAUAGAAUAUGUACAAGGUAUGAAAAGAGUGGACUUCAUUUCCUGAUAUUGAGCAUUGCAUGGGAAUUUAAGGAUUAAUUUAAAAGGAUUAAAGACAAGAAGAUGCAUUUUGCUUCAUAUUUUCUAGAAAAAUUAAAAAAACUAAGAAAUUGUUUUAAGAUAUAUUACUACUUUCACCUUCAAGUGCAGUGAAGAAAAUCAACUUAAAUUUUUAAUUUCCUGACUUCAAUUGGAAACCAUUCAAGAAAAAGAUAUCUGGUACUACUAAAAUUUCAGUGAGAUGGGGUUUUGGAUCAUGAUAGAAAGAAACAAUCGAUACGUCCAAUGGAAGCUCUCGAACAACACAGAAAAGAAGAAAUCUGUGAAUGGGUUGAAAAGUUUCCUCUCGUCAUACCCAAGUCAUUUUAAAUUGCUUGGAGUAUAUAGCGGAAGAUUACUUUCAUAAGGAAUUUGACAUCAUCCAUGCUGACAUAAAGCCCGAAAAUAUAAUGCUGAAUCGGAGAAAUUUGUCCAUCAAAGAUAUUGUUGCUUCUAAUGGCACUUGUCAUAGACCUCUUGCUGUUUCUUAUGGCACUUGCCUCGGACAAGCAUGCUGUUCGAAGACAGCCGAUUUAUGCCUAAGAGGGAGCGCCUCUUGUUUUUAUCGUAGAGCCAACUUGGGCCAAGAGUACGACUUGACUACUCAUGCAUCACUCAUUCGCUUGCACAACCCCUUUUUACAGGAGAGAACAUUCACUCAUCUCACAGAUAGAACAGGAAGAACAACCAUGCCCAAACCUAGGACUCGAACCCAGGACGCCCAGAUCAUGAGGAAGACGUGCUACCCCUAUGCCAGGACGCCGGCUAGAUCUCUUGUUUUUUUAGUAACUCCAUCUAGGGCCAAGGGAGCGUCUCUUGUUUUUUUAGUAGCUCCAUCUAGGGCCAAGGGAGCGUCUUUUGUUUUUUUAGUAGCUCCAUCUAGGGCCAAGAGAGCGUCUCCUGUUUUUUUAGUAGCUCCGUCUAGGGCCAAGGGAGCGCCUCUUGUUUUUUUAGUAGCUCCGUCUAGGGCCAAGAGGGCGUCUCUUGUUUUUUUAGUAGCUCCGUCUAGAGCCAAGAGGGCGUCUCUUGUUUUUUUAGUAGCUCCAUCUAGGGCCAAGGGAGCGUCUCUUGUUUUUUUAGUAGCUCCAUCUAGGGCCAAGGGAGCGUCUCUUGUUUUUUUAGUAGCUCCAUCUAGGGCCAAGGGAGCGUCUCUUGUUUUUUUAGUAGCUCCAUCUAGGGCCAAGAGAGCGUCUCUUGUUUUUUUAGUAGCUCCAUCUAGGGCCAAGAGAGCGUCUCUUGUUUUUUUAGUAGCUCCAUCUAGGGCCAAGGGAGCGUCUCUUGUUUUUUUAGUAGCUCCAUCUAGGGCCAAGAGAGCGUCUCUUGUUUUUUUUAGUAGCUCCAUCUAGGGCCAAGAGAGCGUCUCUUGUUUUUUUAGUAGCUCCAUCUAGGGCCAAGGGAGCGUAUCUUAUUUUUUCAGUACCGCCCUCAAGCGUACGACUUAGCUUCACAUAUGUCACAACCCUUUUUAUGGGGUGGACUUCAUUCAUGCAUUUCACUCAUUCAUCCACAGACCGUUCUCUGCUUCAGAUCUAAAUAACGAUCACACCUGAUCCGGUACACCCAGUGUUAUUACUUUCGACAUGGAGGACUUUGUGACAUGACAGAUUUAUAUGUGAGCCAGCCACUACACACACGGAAAGUCUCCGGCCGGCGAGGUUCGAACUCGCAACCCAAGGGACACGAAUCCAAUGCCCUGUCAACCAGGCUAUCUCAACCAUGGCCCUCAAAGUGAUCGACUUUGAUGGGAGCCAUUUCACUGAUAAGCUAGUGGCAAAAGCUUAUAAGUCAGUUAACAGCUACGCUACACGAGCAAUUGCUUUUAUAUUGUGGUCAUGUUACUCGGCUGCGAACCAUAAGGUCCCAGGUUCUAUCCUUCCUCAUCACAACCCGUCACAUUGGUGACCUCGGACGAUGAACUUUCAACCUUCGUACAGCUGUUGUGGCGCCAUCUACCCACAACCAAAGUCGUCAGACUCACUUGACGUAGCAACCACUCACCCCCACACACGCUCGCCAUAAUGCUUGGCGCUUCUCAAAUGCGUACAGGCACAUUAGAUUCAACGGCUAAUACAUCACCACUCAACAGCCGUAUCGUUCGUCUCACCUGCGAUUCUCUGGAGGGAGUCUGUGAUGAAAGCUUAUAAGCCAGUUAACAGCUACGCUACACGAGCAAUUGCUUUUGUAUUGUGAUCAUGGUACUCGGCUGCGAACCAGAAGGUCCCAGGUUCUAUCCUCGCUCAAUUCAAUCCGCCACAAGCACAAGGAUGAUAUUCAAAUAGCUACUCAUUGCUAUAUAUGAGUUGAACUGAAGAACUAACAAAGAAACAUAAAAAAACAUGGUGUUAUUGGUAUAAAAAUUGCACAAUAAAUUUGUUUAUAUUGAUAUAAUGUAAAUUAUACUGUAAAAUUGCUGAUUUAUAACUUUACUGACUACCAAUGCUAAAUUUGCUUUGUUAAUACAGUGAUAGAUAUUUGUUUAAUUGAUUUUUUUUACUUGGUGGUUAGUUUGAUCACCCUGACAACAAAUCAUGCUUUUUAUGCUGAAAAUUGUUAAAUCAAUGUAGAUAACCAUAGCAUGAAUUCAGAAAAGGCAUUAUUUCUGCAUAUAUCCUUGUUAUUUUUUAGAAUGUGAAGCUUUAACCAAAAUUGAGAAAUUUCAUUUUUGUAAAGCUAAAAUAUUAUAAAUGAUUUUUCCAUUUGCUUUCCAAUAUAUGAGAAGAUCGUAAUUUUAUACACUUGUGUAUUCUU